UCAACAACCAUCAUCUUCACAUCUCAAUCAAUCCUCAAACAAACAACCCAAACCAACCAUCAAAAUGGAUACCAUCAAGAACGCCGCCAACUACGUCGCUGACACCGCCAAGGGUGCCACCGCCACCACCUCCAAGGAGGCCAACAAGCAGGUCGCCAAGGACGGCAACGCUGAUCUCAGCACCCGUCUCUCCGCUGGCAAGGACGCCAUUGGUGACAAGGUUGACGAGACGAAGCACAACACUUCUGCCGAUGUCAACAAGGAGACUCUCAAGCACUAAACAAUUCUUACCUAUCAUGAUGACACGAUUGGCAUGAGCGCGGGCAGGGGAACAAUCCUAGGAGUGGAAUGCUUUAUGAUGGAUCCUCAUGGGCAAGGCAUAGAUACCCCAAGACCUAAAGUAGUCUAGAAUCAAACAGCCUUUGCAAACCCA